GAUUACUAUUUAGAAUAAUUAUGAUAACAGUUAUAAAACUUGCAAUUUUUAUAAUACUUUUACUGAAAUUAUGUUCAUUUAGUGUUGAAUCGGAAACUAUGGGUCCGAUUGUUAACAAUAACUAUACGUUUAGUGAACCACUGGACGAUCGGCACAAGUAUCACAUGUUCUGGACUUAUGACCAAAAGUGGGUCACUAUUAGAGUGCAGACAAUGAGUGACACAAACGACGACUGGUUUGCCGUCGGUUUCUCUCCCGACGGACUCAUCGGCGGCUCCGAUAUGUGUAUCCUUUGGACCGACACUACAUCUCACUAUAAACUACAGGACAUACAUGUGGACAGCGAUGGCAUCGGUUUAGUGGACACCAGUAAUGACUGUCAUCUCAUAAACGCCACAAAACUAUCCAAUGGUUUGAGUUUUGCGUUUAAACGCGCGUUCAAUACAUGCGAUCCAAUAGACUAUACAAUUGAGGAGGGCACCACAAACAUGGUGUGGUCAACAGGCAGUGGUUUACUCAUAGAUCGGAUUGAUUUUAAAGCUAAUAAAUACGGUUUUAGGCCAAUUAGGCUGAUGAACAUCCCGGAGCGCAUAUCGCCAGACCUGCCAAAAGCCAAAACCUAUGAUUUUCUUAAUGAUGAUAUACCGGUUCCUGUGCUGAACACCUCGUGGCAGUGCACUGUUCAUCGGUUGCCCAUGGUAUUUUACCGAAAACACCAUAUUGUUAAGUAUGAGCCCAUUAUCGAGGCGGGCAAUUAUGAAUUGGUACAUCACAUGAAACUAAUCAUGUUAAAAGACGCCCACUUUGAUAACCAAACAUAUCUGGCGGUUGAUUGCGAUGACCAGCGUUUGCAAUACAUGGAUCAGAUAAGCGCGUGGGCUAACGGAUCUAAAGCUUUCUCAUACCCCGAUGAAGCCGGAGUGCCAAUUGGUGGCCAAAGUGGACACCAAUAUCUACUAUUACAGACACAUUACCACAAUCUGGCGCUUACACGCGGCCUACGAGACAACUCAGGUUUGCGUAUCCACGUGGUCAGUAAACUACGACAAUAUGACGCUGGGCUGCUUAAAAUUGGAAUGGACGAUUUCGGUCAAUUCGCUGCCCUCCCCGGCAACCGGUCGUCAGUAGACUUGUCCGUAUAUAUGAGCGCCGAGUGCUCGGCACAGGCGCUGCCCCCACACGGCAUCACUGUAUUUGCCCAACAGUUUCAUACACACCAACGCCGUACGCGUGUCCGCACUCAACACGUACGCCAAGGUCGGGAACUGAGCGUGGUCAAUUGGGACGAACAUUGCAACUUUGAAUACCUGGAAAUUAUGCAUUUAAAACACAGGGUCAAUGUGUUGCCCGGCGAUGCGCUCGUACACACUUGUCGUUACGAUACAACCAAAAAGCCAGUUGCGCCGGACAUUAUGUGUAGCACGUUUUUGCAUUAUUACCCUGCUGUGAAUUUAAAAUGGGUGAUCAACGAUAUGCAUACUUACAUUGAUUUUAUGGCACACCAUAUGUCGUAUAGUGAACAGGAAUUGCACGAUAAUAGGCCACCGAUGGCCGAGAGAUGCGACCAAUUGUCUGGUGAUAGUUAUUCAGGUAAUUGGACCGCAAUCCCUGUGCCUAAAAUAAUUAUACCAUUACCACCGGCUCAGAAAUUUUGUACCAGGAUUUUGACCACUGUUGACAAAACACAUACAAAACAAGCGAUAGAUUACGUCGAGAAAUAUAUCGAAAAUCCCGUGAGAUUAUCGCUAAUCCUUUCGGUGGCGAUAAUCCUAUUAUUUAUAAUAAUAUUUCUAUCGUUUCAAUGCCUAACGCGAGCGGAACGUCGGGCCGAAGCCCUCUAUGCCUACCGUAAAGUCUAUACAAAACGGGAUUUAAAUUUUGAGAAAUUCCCGAACCUUUUGGCCGAAGAAAAGGUAGAGACGAAGGCA